AAAAAUUAAUUCAAAAUGUUGAAUAUAUACUUAUACAUAUGUGUACAAAUGGCUAGCAAGGUUUCGUUAAAUGAAACAAACAUUGUUGUUGUUGCUAUGGCAACAGAAAGAAUGACAUCAAAGCAUGAGAAUCCUUUGAUUCAAAGCCCCGGUGAUGUCAUAGAAUUUAGAAUGUUGGAAAAAGGUUUCAGUAGGUUGUCUGACCUUAUAUCUGCCAGUUCUGCUAAGACCAUCGCAAUGGAUCGUACACAGAGUGAGAAAAUGAGCAAGGAGGGAGAAUACUUCGAGGAUGAUAACAAAAGAAAACGGAGAAGCGGAAGGACUCGGGGUCGGGUAAAAAAGAGACUUUUGAACAGCCUAGACAGGAGAGAUCUGGAAAUGUCCGGUGAACCUGAGGUGAUGCCUGAGGUGCAGACUUUUCACAGCGAGAUCCUUCAAGACACAUCGCAGGAGAAGAAUGGUCUGAAUGGUCACAGUGAGGAAAACUGGCAGAUCACAUUGCAGCUGAACAGCGUAAAUGAAUGUCUGCAGGCUGAGCGCUACUACUGGCACAAUGAGAAAUACUGCCUGUUGAGGGAGAUAGAAGAAUCUGGAGCACUCUAUGAGGUUCAGCUGAAUGAACAGAAAUGCGAGAACAAAACCCUCGCGGCCACUUUGAUGAAUGUUGAGCAGCAGUUUGAGAGUUGUCAGGUGGAGUGGCAGGAGGAAAAUGCAUCCCUCAUUCAGGCUAUGAGACAGGAAGCAAAUGAGGUCGUGGAAAGAUCUCAGGCUUUCCAUCAAGUCCAGCUUGAGGAGCACAGAGAGGAAACCAGGGAGAUCGCAGCUGCCCUUAAAACAGCAGAAGAACUCCUGGAGACUCAGCACCUCAGCUGGCAGCAGGAAACAGCCACCACGCUGAAUGGUCACAGUGAGGAAAACUGGCAGAUCACAUCGCAGCUGAACAGCGUAAAUGAAUGUCUGCAGGCUGAGCGCUACUACUGGCACAAUGAGAAAUACUGCCUGUUGAGGGAGAUAGAAGAAUCUGGAGCACUCUAUGAGGUUCAGCUGAAUGAACAGAAAUGCGAGAACAAAACCCUCGCGGCCACUUUGAUGAAUGUUGAGCAGCAGUUUGAGAGUUGUCAGGUGGAGUGGCAGGAGGAAAAUGCAUCCCUCAUUCAGGCUAUGAGACAGGAAGCAAAGGAGGCCGUGGAAAGAUCUCAGGCUUUCCAUCAAGUCCAGCUUGAGGAGCACAGAGAGGAAACCAGGGAGAUCACAGCUGCUUUGAAAAAGGCUGGGGAUUUCCUGGAGACUGAGCACCUCAGCAGGCCGCUGGACAACCACGCUCUGCUGGAGAUAGAAGAAUCUAGAGCUCUAUAUGAGGUUCAGCUGAACGAACAGAUAUGCAAGAACAAAACCCUCGCGGCCGCUUUGAUGAAUGUUGAGCAGCAGUUUGAGAGAUGUCAGUUAGAGUGGCAGGAGGAAAAGACAUCCCUCAUUCACGCUAUGAGACAGGAAGCAAAGGAGGCCGUGGAAAGAUCUCAGGCUUUCCAUCUUGCCCAGCUUGAGGAGCAAAGAGAGGAAACCAGGAAGAUCGCAGCUGCCCUGAAGACGGCAGAAGAACUCCUGGAGACUCAGCGCCUCAGCUGGCAGCAGGAAACAGCCACCAUGCUGAAUGGUCACAGUGAGGAAAUCUGGCAGAUCACAUCGCAGCUGAACAGCGUAAAUGAAUGUCUGCAGGCUGAACGCUACUACUGGCACAAUGAGAAAUACUGCCUGUUGAGGGAGAUAGAAGAAUCUAGAGCACUCUAUGAGGUUCAGCUGGAUGAACAGAUAUGCGAGAACAAAACCCUCGCGGCCGCUUUGAUGAAUGUUGAGCAGCAGUUUGAGAGUUGUCAGGUGGAGUGGCAGGAGGAAAAUGCAUCCCUCAUUCAGGCUAUGAGACAGGAAGCAAAUGAGGUCGUGGAAAGAUCUCAGGCUUUCCAUCAAGUCCAGCUUGACUGGCAGAAGGAGAAAAACUCCCUGCUGAACGAGAUAGAGGAAUCUAGAGCUCUCUAUGAGGUUCAGCUGGAUGAACAGAAAUGCGAGAACAAAACCCUCGCGGCUGCUCUGAUAAAUGUUGAGCAGAAGCUGCAGAGUCAUCUAGUGAAGUGGCAGGAGGAAAAGACAUCCCUCAUUCAGACAACAGAGGGUCUCGAGAAGAUGCUGCAGGAAAAGGCACAAGAGUGGGAGGAGGUAGAAAGCUCCAUGAAGUCCCAGCUGGAAGAUCUCAGGAGCAAGAAGAAGAGGAAAUGGUACAGAAGGUUAUUCUGUCUCGCCUGAGCCACGCUCAGGAGCUGACAGAAGGCUGACUUAAACAUACGCAUUUGUUCUCCCUGAGCAACAAUUGGUUUUCCCCGGGUGCUCCGGUUAGCCUACCUUAAUUGAAGAAGAAAUUCUUUAAUUAAAAGAAAAAAAGUUCAGUUGGUUCAGGUGUGUGAAACUGUCACAAAUCUACGAGAACAAAUGCGCAGAGACCCAGCCGUCCAAGGAGAGGGGAUCUCUCUCUGAAUUGCCUUUCCUGAGGUUUCUUCUCAAGUCCUUUCAAGGUUCUGAGGUCGUCAGGUGCAGUGGAAGGAGGAAAAGUCAUCCCUCAUUCAGGCCACAGAGGGUCUCAAGAAGACGCUACAGGAAAAGGAGCAGCAGUGGGAGGAGAAAAAAAGUUCUAUGAAGACCCAGCAGGAAGAUCUCAUGAGCAAAGAGAGGACACGAGGAAGAAAUAGUUCAGAAGGUUCUUCUAGUGGCCUGAUCCACGCUCAGGAGCUGACAGAAGGCUGACUUAAACACACGCAUUUGUUCUCCCUGAGCAACAAUUGGUUUUCCCCGGGUGCUCCGGUUAGCCUACCUUAAUUGAAGAAGAAAUUCUUUAAUUAAAAGAAAAAAAGUUCAGUUGGUUCAGGUGUGUGAAACUGUCGUUGUGUGUCACAAAUCUACGAGAACAAAUGCGCAGAGACCCAGCCGUCCAAGGAGAGGGGAUCUCUCUCUGAAUUGCCUUGCCUGAGGUUUCUUCUCAAGUCCUUUCAAGGUUGUUCCGAGGUCGUCAGGUGCAGUGGAAGGAGGAAAGGUCAUCCCUCAUUCAGGCCACAGAGGGUCUCAAGAAGACGCUGCAGGAGAAGGAGCAGCAGUGGGAAGACGCAUAAGUCACACCUCUUUCUAUUGUGUUUUAGUACUUCCUUUAUUUUAUCUGAAUGCAUUAAUGAUAAUCGUUUUCUCAAUAGGCUCCAUGUCAUCUGGCCCAGUGAUUCCAAACCAGCAUCAAACCGUGUUCCUAAGUGUGACAAAUAAAAGACACCACUUUUUUUGUA